UUCCGUCCGCGCGAGCUCGCACGUACACGAGCUCCGAUAAAAUUUCGCGAAUCGGAGCAGCAGCAGCAGGACGAGGACGACGAGGACGAUGAUGAUGGAGAUGACGAUGAAUGAUUGAAGCUCGUGGCUGCCGAUGUCGCUGGAGGUCUGGGUCGACGCAUCAUCGAGCGCGGGUCGGGUCGGGUUGGGACGGCGGAGUCGCCUGUUUCUUUGCAGGCGAACAGAAUUUGGAACAGAGCCGGGGCAGAAUUGGCAGAUGUGGCAAGAUUGUGAAUGGAAGGUGGUUGCUGUAAACAUGUCUGCGAUGGAUUGCAGUUCCGGUUCCAGAGACGAGGCGGGCUGCAUGCGGUGUGUCAGAAGGUGAGGAGGCGCUUGGACAUGGAGAUUUAAGUCCGCGCCUCCGAGCGCAGCAGUCACCGGGAGGAGGAAUCGGACGAGGCGCGGCUGGAGUCGCAGCGGCGCCGGGGGGAGAGCAGGAGCAGGAGUAGGAGCAGCAGCCGCAGCAGGAGGAGGAGGAGGAGGAGGAGGAGGAGGAGAAGGAGGAGUUGGGGCGGACCGAGUGGGGAGAUGGCUGCCCCGAGGUUGUCAAUGUCUAGCGCUCCGCAGAGUGUGAAGGCGUCUGGAUCAGAAGCGUAUUAUAAGAGUAAUCUAGAUCUCGUGUUGAAGGAGAACAAGCAGCUGAAGCAGAGGUUGGACCAACUUGAGAAAGAGAAUCGUGGAUUGAAGAAGGCCGUCUACGAUUUGAGCGUGAGGCACAGUGCCUGUAAUGUACACUUGGGAAAGGUCGCAAGACCUUUUGAUAUCGAUAAUCUUAUCACACCAGAAAGUUCACCACCCGAGGAGCUCGAUGAUGUUGUGCGCGUUCCUGAUCUUGGACCUCAAAAGGUUGGCCUCCAAGUUGUCCCCUCGUCCAAGUCAAACCGGAAAGCGGAUCGACGACAAUUCUACCACAAGUCUGAUCUUAAGGGACACACGGGAUCUGUGUAUGCUGCACAAUUUUCCAAGACGAACAAUUUGCUGGCAUCUGGUUCCUUUGACCAAAGUGUGCGAGUUUGGGAUGUUCAAAACUCCAGGGAGGUACUAUGCUUCCAAGAGCAUCUACUUAAUGUAUCAGAUGUCUGCUGGUCAAAUGAUGGGACUGUGCUUCUAUCAGGCGGCUUUGAUCACUGUGUAAAAGAGUGGGACGUUGUUGCCGGGAAAGCGUUGCAUUCGUACAGUGAGUUACAGGGUUUUAUACAAGCUGUUCGCUUCAAUCCGGCAGACAAUGAUGUGUUUCUAGCCGGAAGCACAUCCAAGCAGGUUUAUGUCCUGGAUCGUCGUGUGAAGAGUACUGGGGCGAUUGUGAUGCACCUCAGCACGGAUGCGAAAGUGAGUGCCUUGAUCUUGUAUCGAAAUGGGAUCGCGUGUAUGUCAGGUGAUUCCCAUGGGGCAAUGAAGUUGUGGGAUUUACGAACUAAAGCGUGUGUGGAAACAGUCUUUAAUGAUGAAGCACACAAACCCAUUACCUCACUACAUAUGUCGGCUGCACCCGAUGCACAUGGAGAUGACGGAGUUCAUGUCGCAGUCAACAGCUACGAUAAUGUUUUGAGAGUGUACGACAAGUUUUCAGUUAUUGAGCAACCUCAGAUGCGCUUGGGCGGACUGCGGAUUGUACAUGCAAUUAACGGAACAAGGACCAAAAACUGGCCAAUAAAGAGCACCCUGUUCCAAGGGCACGAUUACUCGCAGUCAGCUAGAAAAAGAUGGCCUAGGGAAGACGACGGAUUGACAACAAACGGAGACUACCGUUUGAGGAGUACAGACUUGCAGUCUUCCGAGGACCUCAAUGUGCAGAAUUCUUUGCUGCUUGCCACAGGAAGCGCAGACAACUGCGCCUAUAUAUAUGAUGUUAGCGGACCCUCUGGUACUGCGGAGCUCGUACAACAGCUGGAUGGUCACAACGAUCGCGUCUGCGGUGCUAUUUUUCAUCCACAAGAUCCUGUUCUUGCAACUUAUAGUGCAGAUUUCACUCUGAAACUCUGGAAACCUAGACCACAUCAAGUGACCGAUCUCAGUUGAUAGCCAUGCAACACGACUUCUUUUUUCCUUGUAUGUAAAAGUUCUGAUCCACAAGUCUGAUUUACACGAUCAAACGGGCAAGUUGUUGAGGCUUAGCCUCGCAACCUGAAUGAUAAUUCUCAGCCUCGUUCUCACUAAACAGAGUUUCUCCCUCGAACUUCUGUAGUCUUGUUAGUAGAUCUCAAUGUUAGAUUGAGAUGAAUAGAGAUAGUUUUGUAUCAAGAUGGGUAGAGAUAGUAUUUGUACAAACCGUCAAUUCAUUGGUGCUGUCGGCUGGCAUGUUUUAGAGGAUGACACGUUCUAGUUUACCAUAAUCGGUAACAUCGCAUCUUCACGAUCUUGUUGGACAGAUCUGCGAAGUGAAUGCAACUGUGCUAUGGUUAGAGUUUUUGUAAGGGGAUAUUGUUCAUACAGUAUCUUUCUACACCUAGCAAUCAAUCGAGCUCGACAUAUUCAUCAUU